UUAAACCGCCUUUUUUUCUUUUCUUAUCGCCAACAUUCAUUCCAACUUUCUUCUACCUUAUCACACUCGAGAUAGCUUCCGACGCGCGCUACAGAAACUUCUCUGCACUCUUGUGUGGUGUCUCUGCAGCGUAAACUCAUCGUCACAAGCUCUUUGCACCCAUAUUUAUCAUGGCAACGGCCCUAGCUAACCAAGCUCACGUUCAAUUGCAGUCUGUUUGCCAGAAUUGCGGUACUUCCAAGACUCCAUUAUGGCGUCGAGACGAGAUGGGCUCGGUGCUUUGUAACGCCUGUGGCCUCUUUCUAAAGCUCCACGGCCGGCCACGGCCUAUGAACUUGAAGACAGAUGUGAUAAAGAGUCGCAAUCGGGUGAAAACUUCUGGCCAAGGCCCAAAACGAAAGGUACCUAAAUACUUCUUGUCUUGCGGUAGUCGGACUAAGUGUCUAACCCGCCUCCCAAUUGCAGGCCAAUACCGAUGCAAACAACCAAGCUACUCCAAGAUCAGACGGCACUACGCCAUAUGGCUACGCUCGUGCUUCCAGGAAGCUCUCUCCUGGCCGUUCCGAUGGUUCAAAUUCUCCAGUCUCCCGAACGGACACGCCUAAUUUCCAUGGUUCAACUAGUAUCCCUCCUCACAACAUGUUUGACAACGUUGGCCUCUCAGACCCAAAUUUCAACCCAUCAGGGAACUUCGCGUCGUUACAGCUACAACACCCGUCUCCGGGCUCAACGUCUUCUAACGAACGCCAUCUUGAAGGUCCCCAGACAUACGAAAACUUACUUGCUGCAAACACAUCCUUAAAGACCAGAGUCAAUGAGUUGGAAUUGAUAAAUGAUCUUUUCCAAGACUCGGAAUCUCGUCUACGGCAGUCACUCAAAGAGGCACAGAAGCGAGAAGAGGAACUAAAACGCAGGAUAAGCGAACUUGAAGGUCGCUUAUCCGCACAGGAACAGGCUCAAUCCAAAGAUGAGCCGACAGAACCUCAAACUAAACGGUGUCGAUUUUCUGACUCUCCAGAGAAGGUUGAAGUCGACAACAAGUCUUCAGCGGACGUCUAGGACGUCAGUUCUUUCUUGUCUUUGAUUCUUAGUUGGCACGCAAUGCGAAACCGCCGUUUGCCAGCUCCUCUUCUUCAUAUCUCCCCGUUUACUUUCUAUCUUCUCACACUUUUCCCCUCACUUUGAAAGUUGAUGUCCGUUCGAUGUCAAUAUCCCUCUCGCUAUUCCCUUAUCACAACACCCUUGAUACAUUCUUCUAUAAAAUUCCCGGAAUUCUGUACUCUACAUGCCCCCCGUCAUCUUUACCGCGGACGAGUUUUAUGCUGCGGCAUUCAACUCUUCUCUUUAUAUCACUAAUCACCCUUCCACACAAGCUGUGGAUGGACUCUUUGUACGCGAUACUUGUCACUGUUUGUUGGCCCUUUUCUUUACGGCACAGCAGAUUAUCUCACGCCUUAACUGCUCUUCAUAUAUCUCGAUCGCUGCUUUUUGGUUAACUGCUCUACCACCCUUCUUCGCUUCUCACCUGUCUUUACUACAAAUACUUCCGUGCUUUGCUCCCUGCUUUUUUACCAUCACUCCUCUAUAGCUGAAGUUAUCUUUCGAAAUUUU